AUGGCUCUUUCUCGUGCUCCACUCCACGACGGCUCAAUCGGAUUCGUUGACGACGUCGGCGGAGCAGCACGAGCUGUUGCCAUCAAAAAGGAUUCAUUGUCUCCAUGGUCGCAGAUUCUCGUCUCUUUGCCGCGCCGACAUCCGCUUUAUCAGAGCUUCGCCGCCAAGAUUCAGGAUGUUUCUGAGAAUAUGUAAGUGAAGAAAGCCUUCUCAUGAUUACUCAUUCGUUUUUUUCAGUGCUGACGAACUACGCGACUCUAACAAAACAUUCGUUUCUUCGGACGACGCUCCGUACAGUAUUCGGAUACACGCACUACGACCCGGACAUCGAUACUCGUCAGUUUCUUUUGUCCGUACUCACUUUUUCCACCGUUUUAUUCUCUAGAAUCGCAAUUCACGGUCAAAAAGACGGCUCGACGUCUCUGAUAAAGGAGGAGUCGGUCGUGAUGGAUCCACGGGCUCCGGACUUCCGUUCCGUCGCAUCUGACAUCCAAGUGGCCGAGCACAACAUUACAAUGCGGACCAUCAAAAACGACUCCUACCUCCAGGACUCAUUCUCAAUUGAAUACCGACAAAUCAACCCGGAUAAAAAAUUUCCAGUUCUCCAGAUUCUGGAUAUUCCAGAGCAGAAAAACUUGGAAUUCUAUCUGGGAAACUUGAAUUCGGGCUUUGAUUACUCGGUUCGAGUGACUGCUCACAAAGACGGAAUGAGCAGUCGUCCGUGGAUUUCCACUCUUACCACAAGUAACCGGACUUGUUUGAUUUCUGCGAAACUCGAUUAUUUUCAGAACCAUCUGCCCUCAAAGCGAUUCAUAUCAACCAGAACUCUGGCUCUUGCAUUGAAGUGACGUGGCAAUUCGAUGAGUUCGGUGGCGCCGACUUCCUUGGCAUUCAGUACGCACUUCAGUCGAACCUAUCAAAUACCACCAAUGUGAGUCUCUUUUCUAUGUUUGUCUAGUAGUGGGCAGUCCAUUGUCUCCGCCUUCAAAAUAUUUGCGUUCUUCCCUUCCAGAUGACUAUUCCCUCGACCGAAUCGUCCAUUUCCAUCUGCGACGGCAUGCUCCAAGGAGAGGCUUACCAGAUCAUUGCGACUGUUCAGAAGGGAGGCCAGGUCUCCGCGCCCCUCGUCAAGAAGUUCCAGCUCCGUCCGCUGCCUCCGAUUGACUUCAGGGUAAGUGGCAAAUCUGAAGAAAUUGUGGAGAGGAAAGUGUUUCAGGUACGUGCUGAUCUCAAGAGAGGAAAGUACAAACUGCUCGCGGAGCUGCCAACGAGUUCCAAAAUAGACAAAUGUCGGAUUACUGUAGCUGGAGAUGAAGUAGAGAGGUCGAUAAACGAUGCUAGCAUAGAGCAGACAAAAUCGGGACACAGGAUGUGAGAACAUCUUCCAAGAGCUUUUUUUUAUCGAACUUUGGUUUUCCAGAUGCUGGUUCAACUUUGCCCUGUCACCAGGAGAACGCUUUGACUUCUCGAUAUCGUCGAUGUCGAACGAUUCGAGCAGUCAGAAACUUCAAAAGAGCAUCGUGUUGGCCCCAGCCUUUGAUUUCAAUGCCUUUGGCCUAACUCUUCAAGAAUCGAACGGCGGAAUCGAACUGAUUUGGCCGAAGAGUGAAGUGUUCAUGUCGAGAGUCAAAGACAUUUGGAACAAAGUUGUGGGAGCGGACAGCCUUCUGAACAUGCGAGUCACUCCGAUCGGAAGCAACGACGAGGCAACCGACAAGGCUCAGAGAUUCGAGACGUCUCCGAAGAGCGUGGAGCCGGUCUUUGUGAAGUUUCUUGUGAAGGGAGCAUGUUACCGAGUGCAACUGUUCACAGUUACCAAGACUGGAAUCAUAUCGGAAACGAGACACAACGAGACGAUCAGAAUGUCCAGUCCGGCGGUGAAUGUCUCUUUGGAAAGUGUGACUCGGUCCUCGGCGACUCUCCGCAUUAUAUUCGCUUCCCACCACGAUUCGACGUCAAUCGUCAACUGUCAAAUGCACGUCGUCGUCAGAGAUAUGAACGGAAAGAGCGUGUUCGACAAGCGAAUGCAGCUCACUUCCAGCUUCGCCCCGCUGCUCAAUUGGACGGUCUGCGGCCGUUCCACAAGUACACAGUCAACACUCAGAUCAUUUGUGGCGGGAGUGGCAACGAGACUCCCCAAUGUCCAGCCGCAACGAGGACUAUGAGACAACUCUCGUUCUCCACGCGACAGGACAAGCCGGCCGCCGUUCAGUCGUUGAGAGUUGAGCCUUUGAACUCUUACUCUGUUAUGCUGACGUGGCUUCCUCCUGCCAUGCCGAACGGAAUCCUCACUCAUUAUGUGGUCAACGUUACUAAAAUGGGAUCAGAUGAUACGAGAACCAUCGACGUCGGGUUGCAUCCAACCGAUCCGAUCACACUGUGCAAGUGGUCGUGGAUGAGCUCUUCGGAGGACACACCUACAACUUCAGUGUCCGGGCUGUCACAGAAGCAGGCUUUGGAGAGGCUUCCCCAGUGGUUCCAAGUGUUUCGAUGCCUCUGAUGGCGCCUCCGAAGCCGACGAUGGCGCCAACGAUAAUGAAAGAGAGUGUGGGGAGUCACAAUAUGAUCAUUCGGUUUCCGACAACAAUGUUCGAUAAUAGGAACGGAGAAAUCAAGCAGUAAGUGAACAAAUAUAAUGACAGCAUUACAUUACAGUGAUAAAAUUCAUGUUUCAGAUUUGCUAUUAUCGUUUCUGAAACUACUGCGGACGAAUCCAUCAACAGGUGGCUAGAGAGUGACAAUGCAACUUAUGUCAGUUCUUUUUCAACGUAACCCAUUCAAAACAGCGCUUUCAGACAUGGAUGCAAGUGCAACGAUUCGAUGUGUGGCCCUCGUACGUAGCCAAACUGCGAGACAUUCAAAAAGUGAAGCAGGAUGAUGACGUUUCGAUCUUCGAAGAGAUCGGAGACGACGAGAGUUGCCGAGAAGUGCGGGCCGACAAAAUCUGCAACGGACCACUGCGAUCCGCCUCCAAAUACCGUGUCCGCAUCCGUCUCUUCACUUCGCCGACCCUUUUCACCGACUCGCCGCCCAGUCAAGUGAUGACCACCGGUGAGUGCUCGUUUCUCUCCUCGUUUCUCUCUUUUAUCAGUUGUCCUUCUCCUCCCCCGCGACUCCCCCAGGCCGUCCGUCCGCCCACCAUCCUUGACUCCUACUCGAUUACCUGAAACCCGAGCCCUUUUUUGGCUUCUGGGUGAACCUUUCCUCCGCCGCCUCUUUUCCGUAUUCCAUUCACCCGUUUGCAACGAGUUGCUGCUGCUUCUUCUUCUUCUUCUUCUUCUUUUUUUUCUUCUUCUUCUUCUUGUUCUUCUUCUUCCACUUUCUUCUACCUUCGAAUCGUUUUUGUUUUGCUCCAAUCAUUUCCGGUUCGUCAGCUGAUGACAUCCGUGCUGAUCACCUUGAUAUUCAGCUGAGCGCCCGGGGAUAAGAUGUUCAUCCGAUCGAAUUGCGGCAAAUCUAUCUUGAAGAGCAACUGCAGCAGUUCAAAGUUCACCAAGUGCUCCGAGUGCGAAAACGGAGCCGAAAUAGAAUCGUUUCGCAGACUUCCGGUAGUUCAUGAAUCACAUCCUCCCCCACCUUCCGCUGAUAACAACACUCACACGAGAAUUCUAUUCGGUUGUAGUCUCUUUUCGCACGUUCCUUGUGGAUUACAAGUUGUCUCCCGAGGAAGCUGAUUAUCGUCCGAUGAACGAGAGAUUUGUUCUGAUUGAGUCAGUAAUAACGGGGCGGAUUUGGUGAAGAAGUGUGUCUUUUGACGCGUUGAAUAUCGAAUAAUCUUUGCUCAGUCGUCGACAACUCGACGUGCUGCUCGCCCGUUCUUCCUUCCCGUGAUAGAUUAACAUUUCCGAUAUGUUUAUAAAAAGCGGAGCAGUAGAAGGGUGCGAGAGUCUGUCCAUCGGCCAGUCCGACCGACAAACAGAAAGAGGUGGCUCUGCCAUCAGUCGAGCCGAACUUUGCUUUUGCCCCCCGGUCCGCCGCCCACGUGAAUAUAUGAUAUGUGCACACAUAGCGACGUGAGCUUCGAAGAGACAGAGGCGAGCAGCAGCCGAGCAGCCGUGAGCACCACCACCAGCAGCAGCAGCUUUUUUUCACGAACGCCCUCCUCCUCCCCCUCAGGCGGCCGUCGCCAACCCGUGUUCGUCGCCGUCUUCGGGUGCAAUUUGCUGUCUUGUUUAUUGUGUCGGCGCCUUCUUUACUUCUCUCUCUCUCGCUUUUCAUUGCCACAUUUCAUAUUUUAUUCGUUCGUCGCCGGCGAGGUACACUCAUAAAUCAGCGGAAGAACAAAGCGGGACCCUCUCGAAUCUUCCUCUUCCUCUUUUUCUUGCUCGUCCCCCUCCACACAUGCUCUCAUCCAUCUUUGUCUUUUCCGAACACAAAAGAGUGAUUCGAUUCAUCCGCCCACCUUUUUUUUCGAAUGAAUGAAAAACACAAAAAGGGUGAAAGAUUUGAUAAGCCGUCGCUCCUAUUGUGCAUGCAAAUCGGCCUGUCCUCGGCGAAUAUGUGCAUUUUUUGCUCUCGCGACGUCGUCGGUCGAAACGCGCGGAUAAACGACUAAUCCGGGAGCCGGAGUCGUCCGAGAUGAGCACACAAACAGCCGGACCAAAGUUAUGAAUAAAUAUGAGAGAGAAAGAAGAAGAAGACAGGCGGGCGAGGACUCCUCGCUUCGGAAAUGAGACACCGCCGCCAUGCAUUUUUGGGCGGAAUGCCGGAAUUAUCCAUUCGUGUCCCUUUGGUAGCAAAUACUCAUUCGUUCUGACUGAAAACAGCUCAAAUCAGGGAAUAUUUUGGAUUCUGCCCCGCGUACUUCUGAUUUCAAAACAAAUCGUUAGUUUCUUCUAGUUCUAACCCUCUCGUUCUUCUGAAUUCUCCUGUAGUCGUCGUCGUUGUCGUUGUCGUCGUCGUCGUCGUCAUGUCCCCAUUACUCUUCUCAUAAACGACGCGAAAUGUGUUUGUGUCUCUUUUCUCUUUAACAGCUCUUAGGCUUCUUCUCCAAUUUGGAGCCAAAAAAGACGGGAAAGGAUAAGAGAAGUGGGAGAGAAAGAAGAAGUUUCUAAUUAAAUCUGCCAGUUUCUCCUUCUUCCUCCUCAUCUGAUUCAAGCCUUCAAUGAAGAUUACCCGGCUCACCGCUCCGCGCCUUACUCAUCAUUCUCCCCCUCCCUUUCCCUCAUCAUCAUCGGCGCCUCCUUCACAAAUUACGAGAAGAGCACACGGGAGGGCGCAUCGCCUUCUUCUCCUACUUCUACUUCUUCCUCUCUAUCGGUCGCUUCUUCUUUUUCUUCUUCUUCAUUCGCACCCACGCACACCUUGUACUCUUCGUGCUCGUUGAACAGCAGCCGCCAAUGGGUUCUCCUCUUCUUCUUCUUCUUCUUCUUCUUUUUCUUUCUUCUUUCCGUGUCUUCUUCCUUUUCUCUUCUUCAGUCCAUUGUCAGUUUUGCGCAGCGGUGCAAAGGUGACGAGCACGGCCAAAACACAGAUUUGUAUGAGGGCAGUCCGAAUGCAAAUCGGACGCGUCACUCUGAAUUAGGUUUCUCAAAGUGACGGAUGGAUUGGGGGUUUCUGAGAAGAGCGCCAUUCGUCUGAAACGAGCAAUUAUCCUCAUCGGACGUGGCAGCUCUCUGCUGAUCUCCAGUCUCGAUCUCCGAUCCGACCUGUCACUUUCAUCCAUUAUUUCCGAUGACGCCAAUCAGAACCUCUUGACUUCCAUUUCAUCUUCUUAUUCUUUCAGGCUCCGCUUCGCCCGCAAUCCCCCUCCUCACCGUCGUCGCCGUCCUCAUCGUCGUCGCGUUCGCCGGUAUUGUCGGCACUAUCUUCCUCUUCUUCUGGAAUCGCACAAAGAAAGCGAGGUGAGUAUAGUCCGAGAACUAGUAGUGUUUGCCCGGCAGCCUGUCCACACCGGGUCUUCCAUUUCUUCUUCUUCCUCUUCUUCUUCGUCGCCUUCCCAUCCUUUUGUGUUCGAGUGUUCAGCUGUUUUGCAAAUCAAACACAAGCCCCCUCCUCUGUGUGUAUUUCCAUGCCCUCCUCCUUCUCCAUCUAUGGUGGUCUUCCUAUUUUUGGUGACGGCGCGCGCGAGAAGGAUUGUGUACAAUUUGCGUCGCUGCCCACGACGGCACCACUUGUUUUUCCUGGUUCUUCGAAUGACAAAUCCCACGAGGUGCUACCUGACUCAUGCUUCUUUCGGCUUCUUCUUUUUCUCCUUCUACCUUCCUCCUGUUCCCUUCUGCAUUCCCGUUUGCCCCACAGCCCCCGCACCUCCCAACUUCCGCCGGCCGCCCGGUAUUCGACGAUAAUAACGUAUUAUCGAUAUAAAAGUGAUGUUCUUCUUGUCCCCGCCACCCAUUCUUUUUCUUCUUCUUCUUCUCCAUCUUUUUCUUCGUCUUCAUCCUCUUCUCCAUUUUUCCGGCGGCGCCAUGUUCGCUGCCGAAAAUAAAAGGACAGCAGAGAGUCCGCCGCCCCCGCCCCUUCUCUGGUUGCAAUUUCGACCCGAAAAUGUUUUUGUUUUUGUCCGGAAAACGCGCGCGACUUACGCAGAAUAACCAGUUUCCUCAACUCUCUCUCCCCACGUCUUCCGUGUACCUCACUUUGCAACGUAGUCGUUCGUGUAUGCUCUCAUCAGAAUUGAUCAGAAUAAUAUUCUACGUCGACGUCUUCGGCAUGAUACAAAUUGACGUCAUCAUCACUCGCUCGUUUGCAUAUGUGCGCAUAAAUACACAGAGACACGAAGAGAUAGACAUCAAAAUUCAUGAAAAGGACAACUUUUUCUCGGAGGAAAAUAUCUCUAGAUUUUUCCCACAUCCUCUCCCCUUACUCAUAACAUAUUUAAAGCAGACAUGAAAUGCUCAGUAGAUCAAUUUGCAGACUUGCCGCGGCGGCAUUCAAGAACGGACCCUCGAAAGAGAAAGAGUCUCAGUGGGAGGCGCUCAAAAUGAUGAUGGCAGAGAGAGCCGCCGACUGUCUCGCCAAGCUCGGACUCGACGCGACGACUCCGCCACCGUCGUCCACGACGAGCUCCAACUCGCCGACCUCCACCUCCACGACCAUGACCGACUGCAGCAAUCCGCAUCUGGCGACCCCGACCGUCGCGGGCGGACACCGACGGACACGUAGUCUCCGCGAACGAACUGGCGUCGAGCAUCGGCUCGAACGGCUCUCGUCCGGACCCAUCCAUCGGACGCCCCUUUACACCGUGGUCAACGGAGCUAACACCAACAAAUCGUGAGUCAUCUUUGCCGUUUUGACUAAUGUUCUUCAUUUUCAGAAGACCAGUCCGAUUAGAAGACUUUGCUGAGCAUGUCCGAUUGAUGUCAGCGGAUUCUGACUUCCGAUUCUCAGAAGAAUACGAUAUGAUGCGCAAUGUGGGCGUUGGACAAUCGGUCUCCGCCUCGGAGCUGCCCGUCAACCGACCCAAGAACCGCUUCACGAACAUUCCCUCCUACGACCACUCACGAGUCAGACUCUCCAAUCCGAACAGCAUCGAAGGUGGUGAUUAUAUUAACGCGAACUUUGUGCCCGGAUUCUCCUCCCGCCGCGAGUUCAUCGCCGCCCAAGGACCCCUGAAGGACACGUGCAACGACUUCUGGCAGAUGACGUGGGAACAGCAGUGUCCAGCAAUCAUCGCCCUCACGAAAUGCAUGGAAAAGGGGCGAGAGAAGUGCCAUCAGUACUGGCCAGAACACGAGAACAGUCCUGCAAUGUACGGCGACAUAGAGGUCAGUUUUUAUUGAAACCAUUCCAAAAACAAUUCAUUGCAUUCAAGGUGACAAUAAUGGCUCUGAAAGAGUUUGACGAGUUGGUAAUCCGUGAUCUGCGACUCGAAAGAUCACCCCAGAAGGCCGAUCCACCCGUCACGUCCGUCAUUGGCACUACGUCGCGUGGCCUGACUUUGGAGCGCCCGCCCAUCCGAACGGAAUCAUCCAAUUCUCUCGAAUGUUCCGUCACCACCUGCCCCAUUCGCCCCACAACGCCCCGACGAUCGUGCACUGCAGUGCCGGAGUCGGCCGAUCGGGCACCUUCAUCAGCAUAGACCGACUGCUGCAGACAAGCUCCCUCGGAGAACCGAUCGACGUCUUCGGCACUGUGUGUGAGAUGCGUUACGAGCGGUGUCAGAUGGUCCAGAAUGAGGUAAACAUCCCCUCUGUCUCUCACUCUCAUUCUCUCAUUCUCUCACUUUCAGCAACAGUACAUCUUCAUCCAUUACUGCGUGCUCCAGGUGCUCCAAGGCUCUUCCCCACCGUCCUCAACAUCGGGCGCUCAUCUCAAUGCCGGUUUCGUGCAGGAUGGCCAGAUGAUUGCCGAGUCGGGCUUCUGA